AUGUUCUCAUCUGCUUCUCCGUUCUGUCCCCGCACGGUCCUCUGGCUGGCUCUCUCGGUCGUGUCUUAUCCCCCAAUUGCAUUUGCGAGACCCACAAGCGAAGUGCUGCAACGCUCAUCGAAUGACAAUGGUGCAGUGGGAAGCAACGGGAGCGGUGUUUCUGCAAACGUAUGGAUACCCGUACUAAUAAUCGCAGUGGUCGUUGCCGUGCUGACACUGAUUGGAUGUGUCAGGCGGGCCACGUACAGGGAGGCUGGCGCAGGCGCCGCCUUGCCGAGUACUCAAAACCGACCUGCUGGUCAGGCGGCCGCACGCCCUGGAAGGCGCCGGAGGCCUGCGCGGACUCCAAGUCAGAUUUCCACAAAAUCGCUUCCGCCCUACAUGCUGGAACCGGGCGAUCAGGAGCUCGUUAUCUACAGAGGGCCUUUGAAGAUGGAUGAUGACCCUCUCGAUCCUAUGGCAACAUUGGAAGAAGACGAUGAUGAACAUCCUGAGACAAGAGGGACACAUCGUGGUCUUGACCUCGAGUCGCACGGUACCACACUGGCGGAUAACUCCGCCACAGAUCUCAUGUACAACGCGCCUGGUGACGUGUCAGUGAGACGAAGUGUAGACGUUGCUAGUGUGGGCACGUCGCAUCACUCGCAAGAAAGUCAUUCUGAACUGUUACCCUUGCAUACCACACAAACCUCCGAAGACCCACGAGGGGAAGCACCUCCAUACUUUGAGGUUGUAGCUCAGGACACUCCUCAAACACUACCUGAUUAUCCUCCUGCAUCGGAGACCUCAACCAGAGAUGCUACCCCUGGCGACCGACGAUCUAGAUUCAGCUUCCUUUUCAACCCCUUCGGGGGCUCAUCACGACAUCCGCCGGUUUCGAUCCAUAACAGGGCUGUAACUCCUGACCACACUCGCAACGCUUCAUCCCUCUCCGUGGCCUCAACAAACAGCGGAAAUGGGCACAACCGUACAGGCUCUAAUUCGACGCUUUUGAAAGCUUUCCGACCCCACGACCAUUCCAUGCAUAUGCCAUCCGCUUCAACCAUUUCUUUGGUCUCAAUAUCAGCACCACUCACACAUACUGUUACGCGCUCGGAGUUCCGGGCGCCGAAAGGCGGCUUGACGCCUGAACAAAUCAAACUCAUCACCUCCAGGAAUGCAUUGGAAAGGUUCGGUGUUCCAUACGGUCCAGACGCUGUAGCAUUUUCGGCAUCAAGGUCUAACGUGGCACCACCACCCGACUUCGAUGCCACUACAUCAAGUUCGCCAGGCCAAGCAAUACUAGUGCUCUUUCGAGAGAGGCAGCAGGAAGCCCGGUCUCUAACAGCGCUGCUGCGGAUGAGGCUGGACAAACAACCCCACGCUCCGUCAUAUCCGGAUCGCCUCCAUCUUCCCCAUCUGGAGCUGAGAUAA